CACACGCGCACAUCACAUCACACGCACACACACAUCACACGCGUGCGCGCGCCACCCCCUCCACUGUAAUAUUUAUGACAAAACCGAGGCAAAAUAUUCUGGUCACGUUUGCGGCUGACAGCCGGCUGUCCUGGAGAGCGCGUGAAGCAGAGGGGUCCAGAGCUGGAGGAGGAGGCGCAGCGCACCGACACCUGCAGUGGGAUGUAAAGGGGAUCCCCAGCAACCAAAAAACUGAUACAAGCACACCUUCGGGUAACAUCUUCACUGCUGUCUCAUCCGAGCCAAAGGAAAUCUAGACCAUGGUCUGGUUUGGAGGCCGAUGUGGCUAUGCAUGAAGAACUGCCGCGGCAUCAAUGGAGACCGAAGGCUAUCGUGACCUCCUGGAGACCAGCGAUGGUCAGGGGGUAGGCCUGCUGGAUGGAGGAGGGGAAGUGGGCAUGGAGGAAGGCUGGAGCGCACCAUACCCUCUUGGUUUUCAGGUGUCUUUAACCACUGUGCUGAUACUGGAGCUUGUGUUAGGCUUCAGCAGCAACCUGACCGUGCUCGUGCUCUACUGUGCUCAGUCGAACCUGGUGGAUUCCGUCAGCAACCUCGUCACGGUCAACCUCCAUGUGCUCGACAUACUGGUGUGUGUGCUCUGUUUGCCUCUAACAGUCGCUGUGAUCCUGCUACCAGCAAACGAAAAUGGAGUCAGCAGCCUGGCCACACUUUGUUGCUUUCACGAAGCCUGUGUCACGUUCACGAGCGUGGCCACGGCAGUCAACGUGUUAGUGAUCAGUUUGGACCGUUACGACAUCUCUGUGCGCCCGGCCAGUCGUCUCCUCACCCCCAGGCGGGCCGCACUGCUCCUGGCAGCAGUGUGGGCCGUGUCUCUGGCUGUUUUCUUCCUGCCUUUUCUCGAAGGGGACUUCUUCUCCACCACAGCUGAGGAUAGUGAGGACGACAAAUCAGAGAGGCAAAGCAAUGAGUCAGAACUCUCUACUGAACACACGCCUAUUUUUUCAUCCAUCUCUCCUUUGUUCCCCUCCACUCUGCCCUCCUACCCUUCACACCACCCGCCACCUGUAUGGCAGAACAGGACUCUGUUGUGUGUUGGAGGGCAGGGUUAUUACACAGGCAUGGCUAUAUAUUACCACUUGUUACUGCAAGUGCCAUGCUUCUUCAUAGCUGUGGUAGUCAUGCUGUUCACUUACUCUAGGAUCUUACAAGCCCUCAACAUCCGCAUUGGCUCCCACAUGAUGAGGAGUACACGUUCAAAGGACAAAACCUGCAGGAUACGCUGCAGGAGGCGAACAAAGAAGGACCUGAACCUGCCCACUGAAACGGUGUCCUCCAAUCAGAACCAGAACCUCAGUCACCCGCCCCUUAUCCCUUCUGCCACCCCUACRCCAACAUCGCCCCCGCCGCUCUCAUCCAUGCCUCAAGGGUUGUCCGACAGUGGUGCUACAGUAACCACUGUCAGCACUGCUGCCACCACCCCCAUUGCGACCACACCAGCCACACCAGUGUCGCCAACUCCCCCUACAGCAUCAGCCCAGACCCACGCCUCCACUCAUCUGCCUGCCUCAUCCAUGGGUGUGCAGGCCUCGGUGUCUGCCAUCAUCGCUUUGCGGCGGGCGGUGCGCAGACACAGGGACCGGCGGGAGCGUCAACGUCGUGUCUUGAAAAUGUCCCUCAUCAUCAUAUCCACCUUCCUGGGCUGCUGGGCUCCUCUGUCCGCAGUCAAUGUUCUUAUCCUUUGUAUGGGUCCCAGUGACAGCCUGGUGGAGCUUCGGCUGUGCUUCCUGGCCAUGGCGUAUGGAACUACCAUCUUUCACCCGUUGCUCUAUGCGUUCACUAGACAGAAGCUACGGCGCGCCCUGAAAACACGUGUCAAGAAAAGGGUAGUGUCCCUGCUGCAGGUGGACCCAGCUCCCAGUGGAGGGACCGUGAUUCAUAACUCUUGGGUGGACGGGGGAGGCCAGAGAAAGGGUCGCAAGUCAAGAAUGGAGGCCAGCGACGGCACUGAUCGAUGUCUCACAGAAGCAGUGAGGGAAUGAGGCCAGUCUUCAAAGUGCAGUUGCAUGUCUGGGAGUGCUGUGCGACUUGAAAGAAUUGUUUGUACCUUACUAAGCUGAUGGAGAUGGAUUGUGCGAGUAUUUGUGUGUGGGUGUGAGGACAAAUGAGCAGGAGUUUGUUUACAAAGGUCAGGGCAAACCUCAUAGCUUCGGGUUUUCUGCAGAUGAGGAAACAGGUGAACCAUGAGCUCCUCUCAGCGCUGCUGUUUGCUCACCUGACACAGUCCACCUUGGACUAUUUAUGAGUCUCUAUGACAACCUAGCCAUGACCACUCAAAGUACUAAUUUUCCCCCUUCGUGUAAAAUAAGGGAUAGAUAAUUGCAAAUACAUACCGUAUAAUAUCGCUCCUGCGUGCACUUUUAACUGCAUGUGCAUGUAYAUAUGCACAGUUACACACUCACACACAAACACUCAGCGCACACUUAUCUGCAUUUAGUCACUAUCUGUGAAAGCACACAAGUAUCUACCUGCACAGAUGUUCUCUAAAUGAAAGAUUUUAUUCCUUUUUAUUUCUUUUCAUGCCUUAAUUGAGUUGUURGGAUGUUGUUAUGGUGCUGACUAUAUGGUCCGGCUAUAUGUUUACAACAAUGUAUCUGUAAAGGGUAUAGCAAAGUUUACAGGCUUAUAUAAAAUUAAACAGCAAAAACAAACAAAAUAAAUAAAUCACAAAAAAGCAAAAACAAAAUAAACACAUUUCUAUGUAAUUUCUAGUCAGCACCAUACUGCAUUUUAGAGGAUUGUGAAUGAGACUAAACUAAAAGGCUUUUUUUUUUCAAACCCACUUUAAUAAUUACGACAAUGGAAGUUUGUGUGAUUUUGAGGUUGUCAGGCGUGUGUGCAACGAAUCUGCAAUUGCGUAAAUUGGAAAUAUAUAUAUAUUUGUUUGUCUAGGAAUUAUGUGCAAUAAAACGUGAACAAAGCAAUGACCCCCCCAAGAUGUGAACAAAAAGAAUGUGAACACAGAAUUGUUGGUUUUCUGUGGUGUGCAAAUAUCUUGAGCUGUCUCUUCUUUAUUUAUAUUUUAGUUCCGAGAAGGCAGGUUGUCUUGUAAUCUUUCUAAGCAAUACAGAGCAAUGUUUUUUCUUUGAGUUUGUUUUUCUUUUUAUACAUAGUCUGUCCCUUAAAUGACCUUUUCAGAGGAGAUUUUGUCUUGUUUUUUAAUCUGACCUAUUAAUCAUUCAAACAUUACACAACUCUUAAACUCAAGGGAUUAUGAACCAAAGUUGUGUUAAUAAAGAAUAAAAUUUAAWGGGGACAUUUCAUGCAAAAUCCAA